AUGGAUGUAAAUGGUAUAACCUGGGUUGGGGGUGUAUAUGAGAAAUUCGAAUCUAUGUGCUUGGAGGUGGAAGAAAAUAUGUACCAGGACACUGUCAAAUUUGUUGAGAAUCAGGUACAGACUGUUGGUGCAAGUGUUAAAAAGUUCUAUGCAGAUGUAAUGCAAGAUUUGCUCCCUGACUCUUUGAUGGAUCCAGAGAAGAUGUCAGCCUGUGGUUUCCCUGUCGAAAAUAUUUUUGAUGUUGAUAAUUCUAAAAGUUCAAGGAUUACCAAGAAAGAAGAACCUAUAAAGGCUAAUGUUGAACACUUAAAUAGGGAUUCAGAGGUGAUAUCUUCUGUUAAGAAUAAGGAUGCGGACCAUAAACCAUCCUUCCUUGAACAACACAUAUAUGACUAUCGCACACAAUCUGCAGAGAGUUGUGCGGAAGAAGCAUGCUUGGACUUGUACUCAAGACAAGACCAUGUUGGGAAUAUGUUUAACAAUACAAACUUGGCUGUCAAAGAGAAUCCAACGAAGCACAGAUGUCCACAGGUGAUUCCUCCUGCUGAAAAGGAUUUGAGCAGACGAUCAUCAUCCUGCCAUGAAACCCAUAAAGGUUCAUGCGAGCAUAUAGAUACAUUUAUAACCCCUUUUAUAGAUGAAGGUAUGGCAUGUGACUCCACUAGGGAAGGUCGUGUUAUUGCAAUGCAAGCCAAUUCGGAUGCAAAAGAAUGGAAUGAAAUAUUAGAUUCAUCCUUUGGUGGCUUAUCAUUAGAACCAAAUGCUGCAGACAUUUGUUUCAACAAUGGGAUGGUUUCUCUGGUAGGAUCCUCUCCAAGUGGACAAGUACAGUGUGAGAGAUAUGCUGAAAAGGAGGUCUCAGCGUCUCAUCCUGGGGGAUCACAUGACUCCAAUUUGGAUGCGAUUGAGAGUAAUAUUGUUGUUGUACAAGAAAUGGAAACCAUUCAACAAUCUGCCAAGGCGAAACUUGAGGAGACUUGUGUGAUGGUGACUGAUGAGGAUGUUCAUUUUGUUCCUCACAUGGAAGGCAAGCGUAGGCCUUACAAGAAAAAACUUCAGAAAGCCUUUUCCUCAAGACUGAGGUCUGCAAGGAAGCAAGAAUAUGAGCAGCUUGCAUUAUGGUAUGGGGAUGAUGCAAAAUCAAAUUUGGAAAGUGAAGACGGUGUACUUCAUUCUAUUACUAUGGAGGAGACGAAGAAAUCACCAUCUCAUGUUUUUUGUGAAUCUGAAUGGGAGAUUCUGUAG